AGAGACGCACUUCCGCUUCCGCGUGCGAGGCUGGGUCGCGGUGCUGCUGCUGGGCCGGCUUCCUCCCUGCUGCCCUCGCUCUGCGGCGCGCGGUUCCCCUCGCAGUAAAAUGUCUGGAGCUGAUGACUUUUCGUUGGCAGAUGCUUUACCGGAUCAUUCCCCUGCUAAAACCUCCAAAGUGAGCAAUACAAAAUCUGGUCAACAAACUGGUCAGCCAACACAAGGCUGGCCAGCUUCCAAUCCUUGGAACACCCCAAGCGCUCCACCUACGGGGCCAUCUGGAUUGCCACCAAGUACAACCGCCUCCAGUGUGCCAUUUGGACCUCCCCCAACAGGAAUGUAUCCUUCAAUGCCACCUGGACCGCCUGCUCCAUUUCCUCCACCUCCUACUGGACCCUCUUGCCCUCCUCCUGGUGGUCCAUAUCCACCCCCAUCUGUGCCAGGUCCUGUCCCACCAGGGCAAUAUCCUCCACCAAAUAUGCCCUUUCCAGAGCUUCCAAGACCAUAUGGUGGUCCAACAGAGCCAGCUGCACCUCCGGCUUCUGUUGGGCCAUGGGGAUCUAUGCCUUCUGGAGCAUGGGGAGCAACAAUGGGAGGGCAAUAUCCUGCACCUAGUAUGCCAUAUCCACCCCCUGGGCCAUAUGCCACUCCUACCCAGACACCCGGGGCUGCACCUACAGUACCGUGGGGUACUGUCCCACCUGGAACAUGGGGACCUUCACCACCUGGUCCAUUUCCUCCACCCACGGGAUCAUAUCCAGCUCCAGGACUAUAUCCUACACCCCCUAAUCCUUUUCAAGUGCCAUCUGGUCCUGCUGGUACUCCAUCAAUGCCUGGUGGUCACCAUCCUUACCGUUGAAUUCAUGCUGGGCAACAAAGUACUGUAGCUUUCCACCUUCAUCCACUAUUUACAGAGAUUUUAAAAAAUUUUGUUUCAGUAACUUUUGGAAUUGUGAAGAGUACUCACCUCUUGUAUGUACUUCUGAGGUAUGAAGGAGCAAUCUGCAUAAAUUUAACUUGCUCAUAUACUGGCAUCUUUUUGGUUUAUUAAAGUGAAUUAGGAUGAGCAGACAAAGUCAAGUCCGGUGGUUCUUACUCAAGGCAGAGCUUCCUUUGGGGGGAAAAAAGAAUUGCCAUGUGAGUAAGGAUUACAGGAUCAGGCCUACAGUCUUACUAAAAAGUUAAAGCAUUCACUGACAUUUAAUGUUUAAGUUUUGAUACCAGACUUGUGGGGGUCACUAAAUGAAUGGAUAGUCAUAUUUUGUCUAUUUUCAGGUUAUUCCAGGAUAUCAGUAAAAACAAUGUAUUUUGAGAUUUCUUUGUGAAAUCUCUUAAUAUUUUAAACAUGCUACAGUAAUUCAACAUACUAAAGAGAAAUGGAGCAUGUGAAUUUGAAGGUGUUCUCAGCAUUUAUAUAAAUAUACACUCAAGCACAAUUUCUCUCAUUCUGGGACUACAGUGAAGCGUUCAUAGGCCAAAGUACUUAGUCUAACUUGUAGGCACACCUGUUCACAUUCGCAAACAGGCAUUUAUGUGCAAAUCAAGUAGCUGGGUGUGCAGUUCAAUUAAUUUAAAUUCACAAAUGUGAGGUUUGUGCAUGAAAAUGAGGGCAUAAUUUUUGCCGGCCCAAAGUUAGUAGUGGUGACUGGAAGUUUGGCUUGUUCUCUGCAUGAAGAUAAACUGAUUCCCACUGGGAGAUAAUCCUGUCUCUUAACUUGGGUUCUGUCCAUCUGAAACUUGGCUUUGCGGCCAAGCUGUGUAAACUCUGCAGAACUUUUAUUCAGCAUCCUUGGAAAUUAAGCCUGAGUUUAAAGUAGUCCAGUAGGAAAAAGCUGCUUUUGGCCUUCCACAUAGUCCUAUCGCCUAGAUAGAUCCUUAGAAUCCAUCUCCCUUCUGCCAUAGUUUGAAAAUGAGCCAGUCUUAUGUGAGAGCUCCAUUGAACAUAGUAAUUGGGUAGUCCCUUUGUUCAUAGCUAGAUGUAUGUUGUACCUCGCUGAAUGACAUGAUCUGAUUUGGUUUUAAUUGAAUGACUAGAAUUCUGUGUAGCUGCCUUUCAUCGGAAGGGUCACUGCUAUCAAUUUCAUUCUCCUGACUGAGAAUCUUUAUGGAAUUAUCGUACUGGUAGUUUUGCAUUACCAAGACACAUUCUUCGCUGAGACUUGGGCUUUUUUUAAUUCAUUAUGGUACUUUGAUUACCUAGACUUUCUGUGACCCUGCAGAAUUUAUUUUAUCCCAACCUGGGAAAUCUUAAUUUAGCCUCUGUUGGUGGAAUUAAAAAACUGAAUUAGUAAUACUGAUGGAUUAGUAAAUCAUCCAUCAGAGCUC